AUGACCAGUCACAUGACACCUAACGGUAGUACCUCUUUAAAAAGAUUGCUUCCGAGCUUUUUUUUUCUUUCUUUCUUUUCUUUCUUUCUUUCUUUUUUCUUUCUUUUAUCUCUUUCUUUCUUUGGGGAAAUUUCUUUCUUUUUUUUUUUCUUUCUUUCUUUCUUUUUACCUUUCUUUCUUUCUUUCUUUCUUUCUUUUUUUCUUUCUUUCUUUCUCAUUAAAAAAUUUCCUGAUCUUCCUUUUUUUUUCUUUUUUUUUCCUCUUCAGAGCAACUUUUUUCUUUCUUUUCUUUCUUUCUUUUCCUUUUUCUUUUUCUUUCUUUUUUUCUUUCUUUCUUUCUCAUUAACAUAUCUCCUGAUCAUCCUCUUUUUAGUUCGCUUUCUUUCUUUCUUUCUUUUCUUUCUUUCUUUCUUUCUUUCUUUCUUUCUCAUUAACAUAUCUCCUGAUCAUCCUUUUUUGUUCUUUUUUUAUUCCCUUUCUUUCUUUCGCUUUUCUUUCUUUCUUUUUUCUUUCUUUCUUUUUUUUCUUUCUUUUUUUAUAUCUCUUUCUUUCUUUUUUUUUUCUUUUAAAUUUUUAUUCUUUCUUCAGAUCUUUCUUUCUUUCUUUUUUUUUUCUUUCUUUUUCAAAAUUCUUUCUCCUGAUCUUCCUUUUUUUAGAUCGCUUUCUUUCUUUUCCCUUUUUCUUUCUUUCUUUCUUUUCCUCUUUUUUUCUUUUUCUUUCUUUCUUUCUUUUUUUUUCUUUCAGCUCGCUUUCUUUCUUUCCCUCUUUCUUUCUUUCUUUCACAUUUGCAUUUUUCCUGUUCUUUUUCUCUUUCUUAUUCAUUCUUUCUUCUUCAGAGCUUUUUUUUGUCUUUCUUUCUCUUUUUCCUUCUUCGUCCUCUUUUUUUUUAUUUUCCCCUUCAAAACUCGCUUUCCUCUGCUCUUUUCUUUCUUUUCUCUUUCUUUCUUUUUUAUAUUUUUAAUCGCUAAUUGUUUAUUUGUUCUUCCUUUUUGUUCUUCCUUUCUUCCUUUCUUCCAUCUUCAUUUCUUUUCCUUCACUUCCUCUUCGGAACUCCUUUUCUUACAAGCUUUCUUUCUUUCUUUUUCUACACUUCAUCUUUUAAUUCGUUCGUUCAUUUUUGUCUUUCAUUCUUUCUUUAUAUUUCCCGAAGAACAUUUCCUUCCUUUCUUCUACCCUUUGCCUCCUCACUCUUUCGUUUAUACUACUUCUUUUUCUCUUUCUUUUUCUUUUCUAUCGAUUUCUUACGUUUCUGUCUUCAUCUUUUCUUCUUCUUCUUUUUUCUUUAUCACUUUAUGA